CAGCCCCCGCGGCCCGCGCCUCCCCCCCACCUCGGCUCCUCGCCCCGGGGACAGCCGGCAGCCCCGCGCCGGACCAGACACAAAGCCGAUCAAUCCCGGCGGCGCGGGGGCGGGGGGACGCCCUCCAGGGCUUCCCUUCCGCUCCUCGCCUCCUCCUGCCCCCUCAUUAGGACCCAGCCCACACCUCGUCCGGCAUCCACCGGCCCUCCCCCUCCCACCCUUCACCCCACAAAAGCAACAGCCCAGUCCCCCCCCACCCCCAGCCCGGGGACAGGCCAGACCUGCCCCUAGGCUGCCCGCUGAGAAGGCGCCCCCGGCAGGGGGAAACUGACAUCCAUCAGGGUCCGCCCACCUCUCCCCUCCUCUCCCCGGAGCGAAUCUCUCCUGCGCUCCCGCCCCAGAAGUUGAGGGGCUCCCGCCCGGCCUGCCGCGCUCCGGCCGCCGGGACCCUCGGCCUCGGAGGAGCAGCCAGCUCGGACCCCGGGAAGAUGGCGAGGAGGAGCCGCCACCGCCUCCUCCUGCUGCUGCUGCGCUACCUGGUGGUCGCGCUGGGCUAUCAUAAGGCCUAUGGAUUCUCUGCCCCAAAAGACCAUCAAGUGGUCACAGCAAUAGAGUAUCAAGAGGUUAUUUUAGCCUGUAAAUAUCCAAAGAAGACCAUUUCCUCCAGAUUAGAGUGGAAGAAACUGGGCCGGAGUGUCUCCUUUGUCUACUACCAACAGGCUCUUCAAGGUGAUUUUAAAGAUCGAGCUGAGAUGAUAGAUUUCAGUAUACGGAUCAAAAAUGUUACAAGAACUGAUGCUGGGAAAUAUCGCUGUGAAGUUAGCGCCCCAUCUGAGCAAGGCCAAAACCUGGAAGAAGAUACGGUCACUCUAGAAGUCCUAGUGGCCCCAGCAGUUCCAACCUGUCAAGUACCCAAUUCUGCUCUGAGUGGAACUGUGGUAGAGCUGCGAUGUCAAGACAAAGAAGGGAAUCCCGCUCCUGAGUACACAUGGUUUAAAGAUGGCGUCCCUUUGUCAGAGAAUCCAAAACUUGGCUCCCAAAGUGCCAACAGCUCCUAUACAAUGAAUACAAAAUCUGGAACUCUGCAAUUUAACACUGUUUCAAAACUAGACAGUGGAGAAUAUUCCUGUGAAGCCCGUAAUUCUGUUGGACAUCGCAGGUGUCCCGGGAAACGAAUGCAAGUCGAUGAUCUCAACGUGAGUGGUAUCAUAGCAGCUGUAGUGGUUGUGGCCUUAGUGGUUUCUGUUUGUGGCCUUGGCGUGUGCUAUGCUCAGAGGAAAGGCUACUUUUCAAAAGAGACCUCGUUCCAGAAGAGUAGUUCUGCAUCUAAAGCCACCACAAUGAGUGAAAAUACCCCUUUGAAGAGGAUCAGGGACCUUGACCUCAGAACUCAUCACUGGACCCUCCACACAUAACCUUGCAGAUACCUUUCUCUGCCUGAUGACAAAGCAAGUCCCGGGAUUUACUGGACAAACGGCUUAAGCACUAGCGUGUACCUGGACACCACACCAGGUCCCUGGGAAGAUGCCUGUUGUCAGACUAUACCUUGUGCCCCACUUGUCUGUGGCACUGGGUGCUUCUCACCAGACUCCUUCCAACAUUUUCUAUAAAGGGCCGGAUACUAGAUAUUUUAAGCCAUACUGGCCUGUUACAACGACUCAACUCUGCCUUUGCAGCACAAAAGCAGGCAUAGACAGUAAUAAACAAAUGGCAUGUUUGUGUUCCAAUAAAACUUUAUUUCUAAAAACAGCAGGCACAGACAGGAUAUGGCUCCUAUACGUGGUUUCUCAACUCCUGGGGGUGAAGCACGAGAAAACCACCUGUCUAUAAACUUUUGCAAAAAUUAGGCUAAAUGUUGCUCAUGCUUUGAUUUGCUUUGGUAUGAGGAAUGCUUUCUUCCUGCAUUGCCAAGUGUCAAGAGUAUAUGUGAGUCUCGAAGUUGGCCCUUCAGUGGGCGCCUGGGUGGCUCAGUUAGUUAAGCGUCCGACUCUUGAUCUCAGCUCAGGUCUUGAUCUCAGGGUUGUGAAUUCGGGCCCUGCAUUGGGUUCCUCGCUGGACUUGGAGCCUACUUAAAGAAAAAAAAAGAAGAAAAAAGAUGGCUCCUCAGGCAUACCUACCAUCACAUAAGAUCAAUUUCUUCAAUUUAAAUGACACAAAUCUAUAUUGUGGGGAAAAACACACAGUGCCUUAGCUUUACUAACAGAUGAAAGCUUCUGAUCCACUUGGCUAGAGGAUUCAUCUUAUAAAGUAUUAACAUAUAACACUUUCUUUGAGUUAAAUAUGUAUUAUACAUUAUCUUAAUAUACUGUAUGUAGCUAAGUAGAAAUCGUUGUGUGGAGAAUACCUUCUCCCACACAAAGGAUACAAUAUAAUAUUGUGCUCAAUAUUAUAUUCACUUGUGUCUGGACUUGUGUUUUCCAUUUGCUUUUGAGGGACUUGAAUAUUAACAAUUGGUAAAACCUCAUUAUAAUUCAUAGAGCAUUUUGAUUUUAUUUUCCUGCAGUGAAGUUGUGUUGUAUAAGGAUUAGGGCUCUGAAAUCUCUAAUAGCAACUUCUGUUUUAAUUAUCAUUGUUGCUUUUGUAACUAGAUUUAAUUUAUUUUUAGUGGGAGGUUUAACCUAACUAAAUGUGGAACAAUUGUUUUAGUACAACUUUGCAAAGAACUUCCUUCAUCUCACGAGUGCUUUUGUUUGAUUAAAGGCUACAUUAAUAAAAAAAACUUGUUCAACUUUUUAGACCCAUUUAACUGGUGCAGGGCAAGAGUCAUCCACCUAUUGUUCAGCAAAACCCGGGAAACUACACCCUCUACCAUCUGUAGCUACAAGGCUAGCUCUUUAGCUGCUUAAGAUUAGAAUCUCAUCUUUCUCUGGAUGCCUGCCAACCUCUCAAAUGCAGACGAAAAUGCUCUGCAGAGAAAAAGUCAAAACUAUUGAACAUUUUAUAUAUGUCUGCCGGGGGCAGACGGAGGUGAGGGUGUAUACAAUCUCAUUCAUCUCAACGAUACUAUAUACCACGAGGCACC